UGAGAAUCUGAGAACAUACUAUUCAAGAAGCCUGAUCGUGAGGCACCUGACUUCCCCUGCCGCCCGGACCCCCCGGGACAGCAUCAACCAACCCCCCCACACACGCAUCGUCGUCUCCGCCUAGGCUGUCAUCGGGCAUCUGCCUAUUAGGCUGGGUGUUCCCCAAGGAAGUUCACAGGCCAGACUGCACCUGUAGUAGACAACAGAACUUUCCUCGUGAAGUUAACGUAUACUUCCGCUGACUUUCUCUCAUUCUAUUUAUUUCUGGGCUUAUCCGUCGUCUCCUGUACUCGACCGAAGCUCCGCUCGGCAGCUCUGCACUUGCGUCCCCUCAAAACUCUACCUACCUAUGCCACUCACGCUCGAGGCAACAUGGCUGACUCUUCAGAGCCUCAUCCCAGGCAUUCUUACCACGGCUCCACCACUGCCCACCUGCAAUAUCCUACUCUCCCGCCUCUCAGCGCCUCAGUGGAAGAGUGGCUAUCCCGCUCGAGACCUAUCAGCAUGACGUCAACCCCGCCGAUGGACCACAUCCCCAGGUCCCUGAGUGAAAGCUGGGCCACCAUGAGUGUGUCGGACGUGCAUUCAGAGGAUGGAACUCGCUCCGAGCAGACAGAUAUCGGAUCUCUGAUCGACCAGACUGGCCCGGAUGACGUAGCAAGCCUGGAUGGGCGGUCUAGCAACAGUGACAUGGAUACGAAUGAUGAGGACGGGUUCGACGGUGGCAGUUACGAGUCCAGGAGCAACGUCUCGGUGUCCCAGGAGCUGCCAACCGCCUUCCCUCACAUCCGACAUCCCAUCGAUGACAGUAACCUGACCGCCCAGACUGCAUUCCGUCAGUCGGUCGAAUCAAUCGAGUUCAUCGAGCCCGAGAGCUGGCCCGAAGCCGAGCGAGUCGAACUCAAGCAUACAAUCCGUGUUUUCGAGGGGUCUGAUGCGGCAGAGUUGAAACAUAAGCUUCCUGAGGGAUUGGAAAACUCGACCCUCACGGCCACCGUCCAGCAGACCAUGACGAGGAAGGGCUUGGACACCGACAAGCCGUUCCAUGUACUGUACAUUGGCAGCCCAGAGUUCCGGAACAUCAUCCUCGAUAAGAUCGGUGAUGUUCUCGUUUCCAGUUCCUAUAGCGGUUUUGAGAGCGGUUCCGCCGAAUCGUCCAGGUAUCAUGUUGUGCCGACAUCCUUCGGUGCAGGCGCCGUUCCCAACUUCGCCGAACUUCUUCCUAUUCAUGUCCAGCUCAUUGUGGACGAAUGCCCCGAGGCUUCUGCGGAUGCUCAGACUGAUAAGCCCAGCGCAAUUAACCUGAACUUCAAGAAUCGGCCCUCGUGCACCUCAACAUGGUCUGGGACCGAAUAUACUGUCGCAUCCUCAGUGGAAUGGAUUCUGCCUGAUGUGGCCAUCUUUUUCCUAUCCAGCACAGAUACCACCAAGGAUAUGGAGACCCAGAAACUGGCUCGCAUCUUCAUGGAAAGACAUGGUGUUCCGACAAUGGUCAUCUCUGAGAAGCCCCUCUGGACGAUGUCCCGGGACCCUGUCCCACUUAACCACCACAGUCUCCACAUGUGCUUGGAAUCGCGCAAUUCGCUGGAUGGGAAGUCUACAGUUCUGAGAAGGUACCCCAUCGAUCUCAAGAGCUUCGAAAGCAUUACGCCUGGGCAACUCAACAGAAAUCUAGCCUCGCUAGAGACCAUCUAUCCCAAGAAGUCCUGUAAAAUGGCAUUGGACAACCCGAAGUUGCCUCAAACCAAGUCAAUCUUCGGUAUCGCCGAUUACGCACGUAACUUGUUUGAUGCCAGCAACGACUAUGAACUGGCGCCUUUGUUUCGCUUCAUCUUUGUUGUUAUUAUGUCAGCUGUAGCCAUCUCUAUUGGACAUGCAGUUGUGCGGGCAUCUGUCACAUGCAUUUCUCAGUAUUUCACCCAGUCUCCGGUCUCCAACGCGAUCUCCCCUGUUUCGAUCAGUGUUCCUGCUACCAGUAUUCUUCCUACGGGAGGGUCGCUUUCGGCAUUGUCUUCGUCGCUUAGCGAGGUCCAGCGGCUAGGCAACCAGAAUGGCGCCCUUUCUCAACUACAAGAGCUAAUUGAAGGAGUCCAAUCUGUCCAAACAAGCGAUUCAUACGAGAUUCAGGUGGUUGGCGACUGCCACCUUGUUAUCAAGCCACCGACCAAGUCUCCUGCCGGCAGGAAGCAACCGAAAUUCAACGUUCAGGUCACUCGCGGAGGAAAGCCACUCGAGUACGAGCUCUCCAUGCUGUUCGAAGGAGUGUACACCUUGAAGUUGGAUCGGAGCGAUGCAUACGGCCAGGUGGAUGUCACGAUAGCCACGGUUUCGAAGCCUCCUCGUACGCAGACCACUUCCGUGGACUUCGGAACACCAUGGCUGAAGAUCCAGAAUUGGAAACGUGCGGCACAUGACAUCACUUCGCAGUUUGUGAGAGAACUGAGCACGGCGCAGACGGGGCUGACCGAGGCGUACGGCCGGAUCUGCACCGACCUGCAAGUGCUUAUGGGAGAUGUCGUGAAAAAGACCCAUUUCUUGCAACAGGAGGCAUCUUCUCUGAGACAGGACUCGGUGCAGCUUUCCGUUGAGACAAAGGACUUGGUGCUCGCCCGAUCGGGGAAACUUGGGGAGGUUGUUAAACGGACUGCCGUGCAACCCCUCCUGGCUGCGUCGGCUGUGCUACAAGCCCGGGCCAACAAGGUGCAGGCCGGGGCCCGAGAAAAGAUGAGUGACACGUGGGACAGGAUCAGCUCUCAGGCCCAAGGGUUUGAUCUCGGGGCGUUGAAGGAGCACUUCCGGAAUGCGCGGAAAUCCAAGGCUUUGGACAAGGCGCAGAAGGGAGCGCGGGGUCUUCUGAGGCGGAAGACAUGCGGGCAGUCCGAGUGUUCGCAAUGAAUCUCGAGCCAUGAGCCCACCUCAUCUUGUAGUAGCUUCUAUUAACACCAUUCUUUUGCAUGCUUUUCCUUGCUUCUUGGGUUUGUUUUGAUGGGGGUUGCUUUCAGGCGAAAGGAUGGGUCAGAUAUCAGGGACGGACUGAAUCAUGGGAAGGUUUCCUGGGAUACAUGCUGGAUUAUGUACUAACGGACGAUGUUAACGAAUGUUUUACCUGCGGCUUUGUUGUGCUUCCCCCUUUGUGUAUGCGUGUAGAUCCUUUGUAGCAGAGUAGAUAGAUAGCGAGUACUACUGCGUG